AUGAACUUGAUGGGCCUAAGCAGAAGUUUUUCAGACCACAAUCCCCUGCUUCUGGUAUUGGAAGUGUGCAAUGCUUGGGGCCCAAAACCCUUCAGAUGUUAUGAUGCCUGGUUCCUGCACCCGAAUUUCAAAAAUUUCAUCAUCGAUGAAUGGCAUAGAAUCCCUAAUGUACCACUACACACCAAGUUAAAGAUUCUGAAAACCCCGCUAAGAACUUGGCGUAGGGAGAACUUUGAUCACAUGGACAAUAAAAUUGCAGAUCUCGAAACGGUCAUACAUGACCUUGAAAGGAAAAGUGAUGGUACAAGGCUCGACAAUUUGGAAGUGGCUAGACUUAAUGCUGCAAACAGUGUCCUCAACCAAUGGCUCAUCAGAAGGGAGAGAAUUUGGAGACAAAGAGCUCGAACAUAUGGCUUCAAAGUAAAAGAUCACAACACAAAGUUCUUUCAUGCUGCUACAAUGUACAAACAGAAAAAGAAAGAAAUCAACCAAAUAAAAAUCAAUGGCAGGAGAAUAGUUGGCAUACAAAAUCUCAAACAAGAAGUCAGGAGUUUCUUUGAGAAACGCUUCGCUCAGGAAGUGACCCCGGAUUUUGAUUUCAGCAUGGAAAACCACCCCAAAAUUUCAGAAACACAGGCACAGAACCUUGAAACAAUCCCGUCACCUGAAGAAAUCGAAAAAGCAGUGUGGGCAUGUGGAGUAGACAAGGCUCCUGGUUUCGAUGGUUUCAACUUCAAAUUCAUUAGGUACAAGGCUCGACAAUUUGGAAGUGGCUAG